CUCCCGACUUACACCCUCACCUCUCAGCACCUAUCCUCACGACCGCCACGACCCCGCCCCGCUCCAUCCAUGCUCGUGCCGCACGACUCGCCGGCCGCGGCGGCCGCUGCCGCUGCGGCGCUCGCCUCGCCCGGCCACUCCAUCUACCUGGCCUCGACGCGCCUCGACGUCCAGACGCUCGUCAUCUGCGCGCAGACGAGCAUCAUCGCUGCCGCUCCGUCAUCGCUGGCGGCGCAGCCCACGGCCUCACCGGCUGCGGCACGCUCGCCCUGCCCCUCGUCCGGCGCAGCCGCCAAGCGUGCCUCGCAGCUAGAGUCGCAGCCGCAGGCCGGCGCAGGACGCACGCCGCGCCUGCGCCCUCGCAGCGUAGAGCUCGGCUCUCGAGCCCGCGAGGCGCUCCUCGACAUCGGCCGAGCAGCUCGCGAGCUGCGCCAUGGCGGCACUUCGCGCUCGCGCAACGACGAGGCCGCUGCUGCUGCAUCGGCUUCUGCUGCGUCGCACUCGCAGCUGCCAAACGUCUUCCUCGACGCACAGCCUCGUGCUCGUGAUGAGACAGACCCAGACGAGCGCACGCGCGAGCGUGCCAGUGCUGCCGCUUCACUGGAGGGCCGCCCGGCUGUGGCUGAUCAAGUGGUGCGUGUGCGCCGUGUGCUACGGAUACGGCCGCGGCAAGGCACUCCACGGGUCGGCGCCAUGCGUGCCGCAGUCUUCUCACGCCUCGAGUCGGACGACGCUUCUGGGCUGUGGGCGCAGCUCGAUGCCCCGCCUUGCGAGCUGGUCGCGGACGAGGAGCCCGCCACUGCCGCCGAGUGCUCGAUGGCAGGCCGUGCUGGACGCUUCCAGCCCUCUGAUGCGGCCAGCGAUGCUGGAAGUGAGUCAGACGAUGAGGAGGAGGAAGGCGCUCUGGACCCAGAUCGCAUGCUCUUCAAGCUCGAGCCGCCAGCCGCAGCGGCGCGUACUCGCUGGGCUGCGAAUCCGUCUGCGCUUGACGCCGGCACAGUCGAGCAGCACGACGUGAUCGUGCGAGUCAGGCUGCGGCUCUCUCCGCCGACGCCUGCCAGCAUCUACAGCUCCGCGUCGCAUCAGCGCACGCCCUCUGGUCCUCGCCCUCGGCGCACAUCGCAAGGUGCGCCGCCGUCCGCAUACCCAAACAUGGCGCAGUCGCCGCGUCUGCGGCCAUCGAGCGGCUCGCGCCAGCUAGCCUUCAUCGCCGCUCCCUCAUCAGCGCAGCUCGUGCGCGCACUCGAGAGCGAUGAGCCGCGAAACGUCGAAGGCGUGCACUGCAGCGUCGUGCAGGAGCCUGGGCGCGAGCAGGACUUCGAGUGGGGCUGGUCGCCCUCGGCACUCACGCAGAGCCGCGGCAAGUACGCGUGCGCCUUCGUCGAGCGCGAAGAGCGCACUGGAGCAUGCACGCUGCUUGCAUCCUUUGCCUUCUUCGUCGAGCUGCCGAAGAGCUCUGCCAGUCUCUCAAGCAGCGCGCAAACGGAGGCGACGAGUGCACCAGCUGCGGUGUCGACCUUCUCCUACCAGCUGUCGAACCACUCAGCGGCGUCACACUCCUUUGCGGAUCUGCGCGGCUCAAGUGACCCUCUUGCUGUCCGUGCACGCCGCAUCAGCGGCAGCUUCGGCUCGAACACGCCAGCCACGCCGGCCGAUACGCGUGCCAACUUUGCGUUCCCUUCGGUGCAGCCAGCCCAGCCGCCAGCUAGCGCCAGCGCUGAGGUUCGCCCGAUGCGGCUCGAGCUCGACCAGACGGAGAUCUCGCUCAAGGACGUCGCGGACGACUCGCCGGUCUUUCGCGCUGCGCUGCAGAACCUCGAGCGUAAGACGGCCACGCUCCGCAAGACCGCUAAGACUGUCAUUCGCGCGACGGCAGAUGUGCAGGCCCAGCUCAGCGCCUCGCGAGCAGCGCAGGCUGCACUGGAUGAGGCGAUGCAAGAGCUCUGCUUCAGUGCACCAGGCUCUGUCGCCGUGCUGAUGCGCGACUUCCUCUCCGAGGCGCGCGCUCGGGCGCGUGCGCAAGAGGAGGACGAGGCACGCAUGCUCUUCGAGUGCAUCGAGCGGCCUCUGCGCGGCGUGCUCGAGACGUGCCGAGCAACGCAGGAGCAGCACAAGACCUUUGAGCACGAGUCGCGCACGUACUACUCGCAGACGCAAAAGUGGCUCUCCAGCCGGGCGACCCCUGCUGCUGAGCCCGACACGACGUACGCGGCCAGCGCUAUUGGCUUCGACAAGAGCGCCGUCAAGCAAGAUCGCCUCGACGAGAAGCAGAAGCUGCGACAGGCGCGAUUCGACCUUGCACGGCUCGAGAUCUUCCGCGCCAGUGCAAGACUGCACGGAGGCGAGACGGAGCUGCAUCUGGCGUCGAAGGCGCUCGAGCUGUGCGCCUGGCACGCCAAGCGACCGGCCGGAGGCGACGCAGGGUCGUGGCCGAUGACCGACGCCAAGACGCUGCUGAGCAGCUUCAAGCUCGGCCUGGCUGCGGCUGCAGAGGAUUUCCAGACGCGUGACAUCGAAAUGCGCGAGCGCAUCGCGGAGCUCCAGGCCCGCAUUGCUCAGCUCGAGAGCAGUCUCGGCAAGGUCGGCGACGACGGCGACUCUGGCAAAGGGGCUGGCAGUGACGAGCUGGCUCUUAGCGCUGUCACCCGGCAGGCGGGCAACAAGAUCAAGACAAUGAUCAGCUCGCUUGGCGGCAUCGGCUCUCCGAGUUCGGCGUCGCUCUCGUCUGCGGCACUGGUCCCGAGCGCGAGCAUGAACAGCACGACCGGCAGCUCAGGUCCGGACGGCGAAACGGAGAGCGGCGUUGCAGAGACGCCCACAAAGCCAGGCACUGGCCAGCGCCUUAGGCACACUGUCUCGCUCAAGCUCAGCGGCGGCGCCUCCGGCCCCAAUGGCGUCUCCACGCCCGUCUUCGGUGCGCUGCAGCGUCUUCGCAACAGCCACCACUCGACUGGCCCGAACGAUGAGCGGCGCGGCAGCGUUCCGUCGGCCGCCGUCAGCCUCGACGGCGAGUACGUCGAGGUCAGCCCGACGCGCACGCGCAUGGCAAGCGCGCCGCUCGCCGAGAACAUGCCGGUCAACCCCUUUGAGCCGAUGCAAGCACGCUCUCCGGCCUCUCCGCGCCGCGCGCUCAGUCAGUCCAGCACGCAGGCCAGCCCGAUGGGCCGAGCGCGACCAGUCUUCCCGAACCACCGCAGCCCUAUGACCACAGACCGCCAGAGCCCUGGCAUCAAGCGGUCCGCCUCCGACUGCGCUCGGCUCGGCGAGCUGAGUCCUCGCGGUCUGCCCACUCGGAGCGCCUCCGGCCUGGGCAUCGGCGGCGUGACUCUGCUCGUCGACGAGCCGGAGGACGCGAAGACGCCCAUGCCGUUCCCGCGGAACGUCACUCGCUCUGGCAACCUGUCGCCAGUCGUGGCUCCUGGCCUGGAGCGCAAGAAGGAGGGCCUUCUCUGGGUCCUGAGCAAGCCGAUCGCUGGCGCAGGCGGAUCCGAUGCGCCCCGCGGCGUCAACCGGGCCACGCACUGGCGCGAGGCCUGGGUCGUGCUGUCCGGCUCCGGCCACCUGGGCGAGUACGCCGCCUGGCGCGAGUCCAAGAUCCUCGAGCCGUCGCAGCCACUCAUCGACCUGCGCUUUGCCACGGUGCGCGAGGGGCGCGGCGUCGAGCGGCGCUUCACCUUCGAGGUGGUCACCCGCGACAGCCGUCGCUUCUUCCAGGCGCCCGACGAGGCGGGCAUGCGCAGCUGGAUGGCGGCCAUCGGUCGCGCGAUCGAGAGCCUGCUCAACGGCACCAGCAGCGUGCGCCAUGUCGAGAAGGUCGCGCGCUCGGUGGACAUUGGCGCCAUGUCUCCCGACGACUUUGGCGCAUCAGGCCUACGCGCGUUCGGCGGUGCCACGCCGGCUUCCGGCAAGGACGGGCUAGGCCAGUCGCGCGCCUUCAGCCAGAGUCUCACGGACCUCAGCAGCGCCGCGAGUGCACGUCUCUUUAACCGCAUGUCCGACAGCCAUCGCACGAGCAAGCGCGACCAGCGCCACGGCGCUGCGGGUGGCGGGCACAGCGAGCACCUCAGCACGCUCACCGAGAGCAUGCCGGGCUCCGCUGGGCUCGUGCCUCAGACGCCCACCCGCCACGCCGGCUUUGAGCGCGGCAUCUCCAACAAGACGCCCGUGUCGGGCUACGUCGCCGACGGCGGCUUCGGCCAGCCUACCAGCGGACCGAUCACCAUGCUGCCGGCCGCGCUGCGCAGCCAAACGCACCUUGCCCGCCGACAGGGCACCGAGAUCAGCGACUCGAACUCGUCGUGGAGCGAGAUCGAGUCGGAGUACGACGUGCGCAUUGCCGAGGCGGUGCACAACUCGUACGGCGGCAGCAGCGCGAUGACGCGUGCAGGAGCGUCGAGCAAUGGCAGCUCGGCCUUCAGCCAUCGCCGCUCGGGCACGGCCGACUCUCCCAUCAUGAGCCGGCAGACGUCGGCGACUGGCAGCAACGGCCACGUCCGCCAGCGCAUCGAGCGCAUCAACUCGAGCAACAGCACCAAGGUCACGCGCGCCGCCGAGGUCGCUCGCAUCUCGCGCCUGCCGGAGAACGCCAGCUGUGCCGACUGCCGUGCGCCAGGUACGUGAUGCUGCAGAUCUGUGUGUGCCGCCGAUGCUGACAGCUGCUGCAACAGACCCGCGCUGGGCCUCAUGGGCGCUCAACGGACAGCCGUGCUGCAUCUUCAUCUGCAUCGCCUGCUCGGGUGUCCACCGCAGCCUGGGCGUGCACAUCAGCAAGGUGAAGAGCGUCGAUCUCGACGACUGGACGCCCGAGCAGCUCGACGCCGCGCGCAGCUGGGGCAACGAGCGCGCCAACGCCUACUACGAGCACUCGCGCCCGAGCGGCGGCGCUACGCCGAGCUCCACGCGCGACAAGAGCUUCUGGCAGGACAAGUAUGUGCAGAAGAUCUGGGCGCGGCCGGGCCCGCUCGAGCCUGCGCUGCCGUCUAGCCCGUCCAGCCGACCUG